CUCCAUUUCUCUCUGUUUUUUUUUUUUUGCACAAAAAAAAAUCAAACAGAAAAGAAAACCCCACUCCCUCUGUACCCAGUCCCUCACGCAUUCUCUGCCCCGAAAAAGAAGCAAGCAGAAACAAUGUGGAAUUUGAUUUUCUGGAUCAUCUGUUUACUCAUCAACUCUGGCCUCCUCGCUAUCGUCUUUUACGCUCUUCUAUGCUUAACGGACUUGGAGGUAGACCAGAUGGAUCCGUUUGUGGCGACGGCUAACAUCAACAGGUGGAUUCUGCUUGAGUUUGCUUUGCAAGCUGCACUCAGCAUUCUUUUACUCUUCACAGGUCACUGGAUCUUGUUUUUGGCGGCAGUUCCUCUUACCUGUUAUCAUGCAAUGCUGUUUAUUAGACGGCAACAUCUUAUUGAUGUCACUGAAGUUUUCAGAAACCUCAACACUGACAAGAAGCGUAGGAUGAUCAAGCUUGGUGUCUACAUGAUCUUCUUCACAAUUUGCGUAUUUAGAAUUGGUGCAGGCAUCUUAUCACUGUUCAACUCUGAAGAAUUAGAUAUCCACUCAUCUUUUUUUGAAUUCUAGAAACUUACCAUUAUUAGCCUGGAAGCUUGAUACUUUUUAGUGCUUUUAAAUAGGAAAGCAUUUGAUCAUAUGAGGGGCUACCGGGUUAAUGGUUUUGUAGUUUUGCAUUUUUUCAGAAAAAGUAAUGCUGGCAUAAAGUAUUUGACCUAUUUUUCUAUUAUUGCUCCAAUUCUUUAUCUACACUCUACAUAAAACUGUGCAUAAAAUUGAAAAUAAAACUCCAGUCAUGGCAUUGAAUUUCAUUGCUUUUCUCUUGUACAGUUGAACAUUUACAUAUAUUUAUGUAACUAAUUGUAAAUAAUGAAUCUGGCACUUACAUGUGUAGAGAAUCUUAAGUUCCUACUUUGGCCAAAUCACGUACUAUCAUUGUUAAACCAUUGACAUAAUAGUUCAGGAACCUGAUGCUGCUAUUUUGACUUUUUUCCCUUAAGUUCUCAUUGCUUACUGCACUUUGGUAAAAGGCCAAGAAUGUUAAUCUACGGGUUCAUAAAGCUGUGUUUGUUUUUGCAUUACAAAGCGCUUUUAAAUUUUAUUUUCUUUGGCUUCAAAUUUUUUUUUUAAUGAUUUUGGAUCAUUUUGAUGUGCUUAUGUCAAAAAUAAAUUUUAAAAAAUAAAAAAAAAUAUUAUUUUAAUGCAUUUCCAAAUGAAAAGCUCUUUGAAAAGUAACGGCUACCACAAUCACAGCUACUAUCUUAGUACAUUGACAAACAUCAUGUAGGGGUAUGCAAUAUGCAUGUGAUGCUAAUCUGUUUUUGGCUUUGCUUUCUCACUAGACAACUGUGAUUGUAUGUUAAUAAAUGUCAUUAUUGAAAAGGAGUAUUUUAACCUCACAUCAGAGUAUUUAAUAAACCAUUACAAGUGGCAUUCAUUGACCAUGCCAUGGGUUUCCAUUUUUCUCCAAGAAUGAAGCUGACACUGAACUGUACUGAAGAUUGAACUCAAGUACAAGUCUUUGUUUGGCAAGAGUAUCUAUUGUGAGUUAAUCUGAUAAUCAUUGUGAAAUGCAAUGAGUGUUGCAGAUCUGACCAGGUUCAAAGGUUUUAUGUAUUGAAGGUUUGCCAAUUACCAAACUGUUUAGAAUUCGUAGAAUAAUGAAAACAUUCAGAUUCAGAUAUUCAACAUGUAGGAACUCAAACUAGCAUGUGUGUAUGAUAAUGGCUUAUCUUGUGGAGAAAGGGCAUAAGCCUCGUGUUACGGUGGUGAGACUAAGGAGGGACUGAGUAUUUGUGAGGUGAAGGAUUUAAAUAUGAGUGCAACAGGGUCAAUUAGGAUAUGGCCUCCAGGACCCAUCUUUGGGUGUAUUAUGUAUCUAGGCUGCUGUGUAUUAUGUAUUUAGGCCGCUGUUUUAUGUUUGAAUAAGAGUGUUCUCUCUUCACUACAGUUUCCAAUUUUUUUUUUAACAAAUAUGUUUGCAAAGUUAUCUUUACAUUGCUUUUAGGUUCCAAGAUAUUUGUGAAUUUCACAUGGAUUGUGGGAGGGCUUUUCUUUGUGAAGGAGCGGGAGUACCAUUUUGUGUCCAUUACCCAUAAGACACCGGCUCUCUACCUUUCUAAAGGACCUUGAACUCUCUCUCUAUCCUCUAUGCUUAUAAGAAAUUCUUCUUGCAGGGUUGUGUUGUUUGCUGUCAACCUUAUACUAAAUGACGACGACGACAUUGAUUCACAUUGAUCACUAUUCGAAUGGUUUUAGCUGCACAUUGUAAGUGGGUUUUACAUCUCUGAUCCAAACAAAAGGACAAGGAAAUGAAUUUUAGCCUAGCAAAUUACAUCUUCUAACGUUCAUGUUUAAAGGAGCGCCAUCUAAUUAUUUUCAAUGUCGUCAGUUUUAACAUGUAAUAUGCUUACUGAUUCAUAGAGUUGCUUGUAAGCUGGGUCUUACAAUUAGGUGGUUCCCACGAGGAUGUUAACAUAUCACUGAAAAAUUUGGAAUGCUACAUGCAUCAGCUAACGUUGAUGGAUACAUUGAUCUGUUUCAAGUAUAUAAUGACCUGCAUUUGAGUCCCCUGUUUUUCUU